UUGUAAAUCCUCCUUCAUUUCUCUGAAUUUGACCCAUUGAUUCGAUCACACACCUGAACUCUUUCCCUUCGCAAUUCACCCAAAUCACUUCUGUCUAUUCUUUCCACGUUCAAUUGAAGCUGAAGAAGAACGUGGUCCUAAGGAAGAGGAGACCGGGAUCGCCACCAUCUUUGACUUGAACCUGCAAAAUUUUAUCCGUUAGGUUCACUGAGUUAAGAUGACAGAGAUCAUUGUUUCCAUUGCUGCUAAAGUCUCAGAACAUCUGGUGAAUUUAACCAUACGUCAAGGACAGUAUUUGUUUCGUGUCAACAAAAUCAUGAAGAAACUUGAGACUGAGAAGAAGGCCCUGACUUCAACUCAUGAUCAUGUACAGAAAAGAGCUGAAGAAGCUAAUCAUAAAGCAGAAAACGUCAAUUAUGUAGUUUCAAGUUGGCUGAAUGACGUGAUGGAACUCAUAAAAGAGGUGGAGCAGUUGGAACAAGAAAUAAUGCUCCACAGCAGCAGUUGUUUGCGAGGGAAGUUUCCUACCAGGAGCAGAUACAUUCUGUGCAAGCAAAUGGAAAAGAAAACAGAAGCUAUGAUGCAGCUGAACAAAAAAUGUCACUUUGAACCAUUUUCCUUCCCUGUCCCGAUUCCAGAUAUAGAGCAUUUCUCUUCUGGAAACUUUGAGUAUUUUAAGUCUACAAGAUUGGCUGCAGAUCAACUUUUGGAAGCACUAAAAGAUGAUAGUAGUUAUAUAAUUGGUUUAUAUGGGAUGGGAGGCUCCGGGAAAACAACACUGGUGAAAGAAGUGGGUAAGAAAGCAAAAGAAUUAAAGCUAUUUGAUCAUGUUGUAUUUACCACUGUGUCCCAGUCUCCAAAUGUCAUGAAAAUUCAAGACGAAAUUGCUGACUUGUUGGGCCUGAAAUUGGAUGAAAAAAGUGAAGCAGGGAAAGCAAGGCGGAUAUCUGUGAGAUUACAAAGUGGCGAACGUAUUCUCAUAAUUUUGGAUGAUGUUUGGACAAAGCUCAACCUUGAGGAUAUAGGGAUUCCUGUUGAUGGAAAUCUCAAGGGUUGUAAGGUGCUUCUUACCACUCGUCGUCACGACGUGUGCAGUUUAAUGGACUGUCUAAAGAGGAUUCCCCUAGAUCUCUUAUCUGAAGAGGAAGCUUGGAGUUUAUUCCGAAAGCAUGCAGGCAUAGAUGCUGUGUUAUCUUCCAACUUGCCGAACAAUAUGCAACUGCAACGGGAGGUUUGUAAGGAAUGUAAAGGACUGCCCAUUGCCUGUGUCACUGUCGGAACCUCCUUAAAGGAAAAUCAAAUGGAGUUGAUGAGUGGAAGGUAG